UAAACGACUUGUUGCUCAAGUCCCCUUGCCCUUUUUACAGGCUCAGUGUUCCUCAAGCUCAAUCACACAGAGAUCGAAACCUAGCAACUCAAAGAGAAAAAGAAAGAAGAAGAAGAAGGAGGAGAUGGAGUCUAUCUUCGGCUUGGUUGGGAACGAUUUCGCCAUAGUGGCGGCGGACACGUCGGCGGUGCACAGCAUACUGGUGCACAAGUCCAACGAGGACAAGAUCAUGGUGCUCGACACCCACAAGCUAAUCGCCGCCAGCGGUGAGCCCGGAGACAGGGUUCAGUUCACGGAGUACAUCCAGAAAAACGUGUCGCUCUAUCAGUUUCGCAAUGGGAUUCCUCUGACCACUGCCGCCGCUGCUAAUUUCACCCGCGGUGAGCUCGCCACCGCCUUGCGUAAGAACCCAUACCAUGUGAACAUUCUCAUGGCUGGAUAUGAUAAAGAGAAGGGGGCAGAACUGUACUACAUUGAUUACAUUGCUUCCCUCCACAAGGUUGAAAAGGGCGCCUUUGGUUACGGGUCCUAUUUUGCUCUCUCCCUUAUGGAUCGACUCUAUCACAAAGGUAUGUCUGUUGAAGAAGCCAUUGCCUUAGUUGACAAGAUCAUUAUUGAGAUCCGAUCAAGGCUCGUCGUUGCUCCACCUAACUUUGUCAUCAAGAUAGUGGACAAGGAUGGAGCUAGGGAGUAUGCGUGGCGUGAGUCCAUCAAGGAUGCUGGUGUGGUUGGUGCUUGAGGCUUUACUUCUAUUAUCACAAACGUUGGGAAAAUUGUUCUUGAUAAAACCUAUUUCAUAGUAGAUCUGUUCUUGUUUGAACUAUUGAAUAGUUGUAAUUUUCAAAAAUUGGAUAGUUUCAUUUGUAACGACUGUUCUGCUCCAAAA